UUCAAAAAGAGCCCACCCAAAGUCCCAUACAAAGCCAUAGCACUGGCCACAGUCCUCUUCCUAAUCGGCUCUCUGUUAAUCAUCAUUGGCGCCCUUCUCCUGGCUGGAUACUUCGGAGUCACUCACUCAGACCGAACCGUGCCCGUCCUUAUCAUCGGGAUCCUCGUCUUCCUGCCUGGAAUUUACCACCUACGAAUAGCUUACUAUGCUUCAAAGGGCUACCAUGGCUACUCCUAUGAUGAUAUCCCAGACUUUGAUGACUGACAGACACCACACAGCUUCAGCCGCUGUCUUCCUGUCCUCACACAUACUCAAAGUAUUCCGCUUGUGCUAAUUUAAAUGCACUGAUACCUUUUAAAGACAGUAAAGUUAAUAGAUUCUGUAAAUUAUCUACAUCUUUUGAUGUUACUGUGAUAGUUAUACGCCUUGGUAGUUGAUGCCAGCCUGCUGUUAUGAAGCCAAAUAAGUCAUUGUUUAAUUUGUAUAUUUGUUUUGUUAGCUUGAUAAAUAAUAAAUCUGUAAUUUAACGAGUCUC